AUGGCUGCUGAUGUGGCCGGGCUAACGCGAAGCAUGUCGACCGUGGAGGCGGCGGCAGCAGCGAGGAGCGCCUAUGCGCGCCACGCAGAAGACCAGACCACUCCCACACGCCGCCCGAGUCGGAAGUCGAGGACAUCGCAGGGAAGCCAUUUUGAUCUUGCACGGCGGCGUUCCACUCGGUCCACUACUUCAACCACGCAAAAGCAAGAGACGACAUCAAUACCAUCGACAGCGGCACCAAAGGUUAUACCAGAGGUAGCUGCUGUGCCGCCGCCCGUUCUGCCGGCUGCUCAGUCACCGCUGGCAAAUGUGCCCGUCCUGAAAACAGUGGAUCCGUAUAUGAUCGUCUCCACAGAGACACAGGCUGCCAGGGCUGCACAAGCCAACACUCCCACACAACGCCAUUUCUCGACCGCCAUCAAGGGACGCAUCAAGCAAGUCUUUCGAAAGUCGACGCCCGUAAAUGUCCUUUCACUGGCACGUGCUCCUUCUCCUGAUGCUCCCCCUCCGGACGCCGUACCAGCAGUUGCAGAGCCAGGAGGUGCUCUGCAAGGUCAUAACACGGCAGAUUUCGGCGUGUCUCCUGGAGCAGAACCUUACACCCGACCAUACUCCAUGUCAGCCAAGUCUCGAGUCACAAGCUGGACGAACUCCACUAUCGCAGCAGUCUCCAGCAUUCGUAGCAGCCGACGCCCAUCCCAUUCAUAUGUGCAAGCACCUGAGCCCGUGCUGGAACUCAACAGCCGUGGUCUGCGCAAGAAAAGUUCUUUCUUCGUCAACUCCGUACGCUCUCAGGCUCAGGUUGACACCAAAGCGGAGCCUGUAAUGGAGGAGAAUAGCCGUGAGCUACGCCAAAAAGGCUCCUUCUUUGGCGGGCCGGUACGCAAUAGACUGCGUAGAAGUAGCAAAGCGGAGCUAAACGGAUCAUCUGAGGAGAGUGCUGGGCUCUACAGUGCUCUGCAGAAACGUAUUCGCCCCGCGAAGUCCGAAUACCCGAUCAAAACGACAGAUAUAUCAUCACCUCUCGAGGCAUCAGCCAUCGACGAUACAACGCUCUUCGAGCCAACUUUGCCUACCAUACGGACCAUCACCCCAGAUGCAAUCAACAGACCCUCGCCAGUCCAUGAAGUCAGCUCGCCCGGCAGCAGUCUGAAGCGUAGAUCUGCGCUGAGAGUGCCACAUGCUAGCAGGUCAGAUGUCAUCUCUCCCAGUGUUUACUCUCGCGCCACUGAUGGUGCCUCACUGCGACCGCUAUCGCCAGAAGGAGAGGAAGGUACGACGACCAUUUUGAUUACUGGACGGGAAGUGCGAAGAUACAGCAUAUCUCCUGCAAAGCCACAACAGCCACGCCAUCGCGGACAUGGUAGCGGGUCGUGGCGCAAGUGGUUGUCCGACGAAAUGAAGACCAGCCUGGGAACGGGCGAACCACAUUACCAGUCGUUGAGUGUUCCAAGCAACGAGGAAUACAUGCAAGCCCGCCGAACUCCGUCGCCUGCCAUGCAGUCACUCAUGCGCGGUCCUUCGCCAGUGACGCAGACUCCGCCUGGUCAUCAACGAUCACAAGAAGGUGGCUCUUGGCGCACGUGGCUGUCAGAUGAGAUGAAGACGACUCUGGGCACCGAUGAACAACAGCAAUUCCGACUGCUCAACAGUGCCUCUAAUAGACCUGGCUCCAUUUCGCCGCUCUCGGAGCCAGGCGAGGAUGCAGGCCAACCACGGUCACGCACGAGCAGCAUCGUUUCCGCUAUGAACGAUCGCUAUCCGAGAAUUGUGCCCAGCCGUACUAGCCUGUCAGAGAACUUUGGUCCACCAAGUAUGCGAGCUCUCAGUCCUAGUAGCUAUCGGGAGACGAGUCGCCCUCUCUCACCCCAAAGCUAUCAAGAACCAGCUCGACCGCCGACCAAUCUCGGAACUCGAGAGAACGUUGGACGUACGAGCAUGUCCCGCCCGUUGAAUAGCUAUGGCAGCAAGGAAAAUGUGCGACCACCGAGCAGCACCGGUCGCCCACCCCCGUCUCCACUUCCUUCAUUGUCGAGCUCGCAGUGGCUCGCGGCAGGUUCGCACAGGCCACGGCCCGGGGUCCGCAAGAUGAGCCUGAAGGAGGCAGUGGCACAACCAUCACUCACCAGACUCUCGGCUCGCGAGUCUCGACAAUCGAUGAGGGAGCCCAAAGCAGGCGUGAGCAAGCCGUCGUCGUCGUUGUCUCGACAGUCGAUGAUGGAGAUGCGGGAUCGAUCUCGUCGGUCUCCCGGGCAGCACAUGGUCACGGACUGGCUCAAUGAGCGGAAGAGUAGGGAGAGUUUGGUGAAGAGGGCGGAGCUAGAGGACACUUCGAUCGGAGGUGGUGCUUUCUUGUGA